GGGCUUGUUGGAUUGUUGCUGUGUUUUUUGUUUUUUGUUUUUCCUGGGGAGGGGGAGGAAAAAAGCAGCUUCCCAUUGGGGUGGGACAGACUCCCUUUUGGACCAAGAGGAAGCACCAGGCCGGCGUUUUCCAUCCUGCCGCAGCUCCGCUAUUCUUCAUGCCCACCUUGUUCCGCGAGCCGUCCUUUCGCUUCCUCCGUGGGCCGGGAGAGCCUCCCUGCCCCCCUCCAAAACUUCACAAGGCUGAGCCCAUCCCGGGCUCCGGCUCUUCUCCAGCGAGGCGACGGCGCCGCUGCUCCGGCCGCUGGAGCCCGGUGAGUGCCCUCCGACCCGCCGCCGCUUAUGCAACACAUCAUCGAAAACCACCCGGACAUGGCAACGGCGCUGCUGGCUGGGGAGAAACUUAAGGAGCUGAUCCUGCCCGGGCAGCAAGACGAGAAGGCGGGCUCGCUGGCCGCGCUGCUCGUGCAGCUGAAGCUCGAGCUCCCCUUCGACCGCGUGGUCACCAUCGGCACCGUCCUGAUCCCCAUCCUCCUCGUCACGCUGGUCUUCACCAAGAACUUCGCCGAGGAGCCCAUAUACUGUUACACACCACACAACUUCACCCGGGAUCAAGCCUUGUAUGCCAGAGGAUACUGUUGGACAGAGCUAAGAGAUGCAUUGCCAGGUGUAAAUGCGAGCCACUGGCCUUCCUUGUUUGAGCAUAAAUUCCUUCCAUACGCCUUGUUGGCGUUUGCUGGCAUUAUGUACAUUCCAGCCCUUGGAUGGGAAUUUCUGGCUUCCACCAGACUGACUUCUGAACUUAACUUUUUGCUCCAGGAGAUAGAUAACUGCUAUCACCGAGCAGCUGAAGGCCGCGCACCAAAAAUCGAAAAACAAAUCCAAUCUAAAGGUCCCGGGAUAACAGAACGUGAGAGAAGAGAAAUCAUUGAGAAUGCGGAAAAGGAAAAGAGCCCAGAGCAAAACCUGUUUGAGAAAUAUCUGGAACGCAGAGGGCGUAGCAAUUUCCUAGCCAAACUUUACCUGGCAAGGCACCUCUUUAUCAUAUUUUUAAGCAUCAUUCCCAUCACGUACUUGUCCACCUAUUAUGCCACACAGAAACAAAAUGAAUUUACGUGUGCCCUAGGAGAACCUCCUGACAAAACAAGCAAUUCCAAAUUGCUCAUUCGGGUGAAUUGCAAGCUACCCUCUGUGCAGCUGCAACGCAUAAUUGCCGGAGUGGACAUUGUCCUCCUUUGUUUCAUGAACUUGAUCAUUCUCAUCAAUCUAAUUCACCUUUUCAUAUUCCGCAAGUCCAAUUUCAUAUUUGACAAGCUGAACAAGGUUGGAAUAAAGACCAAGAAACAGUGGCAGAAAUCUCAGUUCUGCGAUAUUAAUAUCCUGGCUAUGUUUUGCAAUGAAAAUCGCGACCACAUCAAGUCUCUGAACCGCUUGGAUUUCAUUACCAACGAAAGCGAUCUGAUGUAUGACAACGUUGUGCGUCAGUUGCUGGCAGCUCUAGCCCAGUCUAAUCAUGAUGUUACCCCCACUGUGCGUGAUUCUGGAAUACAAACAAUAGACCCCAGCAUUAACCCUACAGACAUUGACCCUAAUGAGCCACUGAUCAUCAAGCGUCCUCGGAAGAAAAUGAAGUGGAUCCCGAGUAGCAAUCCCCUUCCCCAGCCAUUCAAGGAGCAACUAGCUAUUAUGAAGGUGGAGAACAACAAACCUGAGAAGCCAAAACCAGUGCGUCGGAAGACAGCAACUGAUAGUCUGAUUGCACCUUUGCUCGAGACCAACUCAAAAAAUUCCCAACCAUCCUCAGUUCACAAAACUGAAUCUAGUACUCUGUCCAACGCAGGUAAUGAAAAGAAGCAUACACGUCAUUUUUCCUUAGAUGUCCAUCCAUAUAUACUGAGUAAUAAGAAACCCAAGCAAGAAAUUCCACCCAUUACUUCUAUGGCAACAUCCAAAAGCCAAGAGAGUGGAUUUUUAAACCGGGAAGAGAAAGCCAUAGUCCGCGUCACUUCUUCUCUCAAAGAUUCUUCCCUUCCUGGAAAAGAUUCUCUUUAUGCCCAUGAUACCUGCAGGACAGUGCCUGCAACAGGGGUUUUCCUCACCUGUACCCAUAACCAUAUAGCUAAUUCUGGUGCUGCAACAAAAGUCUCUCUGCCCCAGACCAAUAAGGUAGAGUCAGGGCCUGCCCUGAAUUGCAACCCUGUGCAUCCUCUUCUGCACAUUAAUACGCUGUAUGAAGAUCAUGAGGAAGAGGGCUCAAACCUUAUAGAUGAUUCUUUAGACAACAGAAUUCACUCUCCAACAGAAACUGGAGAUAUCAUUUCUAUACCUUCCACAAAACAAAUCAUGUUGGCAACUUUUGAUGAACCCUUGGCAAUAGUGAAUUCUGCAGAAUUUUGAUGAACAAUCCAGAACUGCUGUUGAGCAAAGCUUGAACCUGAUGGUCCACCUACAGUAGUAUGAACCAUGUUACCCCUCAAAUGUCAACUACUGCAUGAGCAUGGAGUGCUGAAACACAGACCAUACGGUUUGUAAUACUCCAGAUCGGUUAUUCAGGGUAGUGUCUUGGCCAAUGUUGAUAGCUUGCAAAUAUGACAAUAAUAAUAAGCCAAUCAAAUUAUUCUAUGCUUGGAAACACAUGCAAUAAAGCAC